AUGAUUCAACCACAUUUAAACUCCGCAUAUUCGGAAUUAAUCCGGAAACUACCUCCUUCACUAGAAAAUGAAGCUUGGAAACGUCUUAUUUCUAGAAAGCGAAAUCCAAUAACAGAAGAGGACGCUAGUUCUAUUAAUCCAUUAAUAGAAGCAUUUUUAAGACAUGAAACUAAUACUAUUUCGAAUUGUAUAUGCAAUCAUGAAGAAGAGAUCAAUCGCAAGGUUAAGAAAGAAGUUAAAAUUUUAUAUCGGCAAAUACUUAAUCACAACCAAGAAACUUUUGAAAAAUUUAUGAAAAAAUUAGAUAAAGAGUAUGAAGAGCGGAUCAAUACAAAUAAGAAUUUACGUUGUGAAAUCGAAGAAAAAAAAUUAGAAUUAGAUGAAGCGGAAAAAAAUCUCGCGUCUAUGAAGGAGAGAUUUAAUUAA